UGCCGCUUUAACAAGUGCACCAUGCCGUCGCUGCUGCUCAGCAACAAGUGCGAGUUUCACCGGAAUCGCCGGUCGUGUCAAUUCAAGGGCUGCCACAACCAAGUAUUUGCCCGCAACCUCUGUGUUCGUCACGGCGGCAAGCGCCUCUGCAUCCACCCUGGGUGCCCGUCGAACGCGCGGACAGCCGGUUGCUGCGCGCGCCACGGCCCCGCCACGCCCAAGCGCACAUGCAGCGAAGUGAGCUGCGAUAACAUCGCGCAUCGACUUGGGAGGUGUAUUCGCCAUGGCGGCGGCCGCCCGUGCAAGGCGCGGGCGUGCUCGACGCACGCCCGCAGCGGCGGCUACUGCUGGCGCCACCGCCCAAGUAUUGCCUCGUUGCCCGCAAGCCUCGUGUCCGAGGACCUCGAGUCGCCUCGAUGGGAAGCGCUUGACACGCUCGACGCGUCCAUUUUGGCUAGCGUCCUGGAAGCCGUACACCCGGGCUGCCUCGUCACGCCGCAGGGGACGCCCGCCACGAGCGAGACAAGCGAUUUUGUCGUGGCACUUUAG